AUGGAUCAACUUCCUCCGUUAAUAACGGAUCGUCCUCUGCCAUCCCAUAGGUCCUCCGUGACGAGUAACUCUAUCUCGAGUGCUUCUUCCAGUUCAUCGUCCAACGCAUCCCUUAACUCCUCAUCCUCGUUAUCAUCGUAUGGGUCAUCAUACUUAGCUCCGUCCAAUACCAGUAAUAAUAAUACUAAUGCUGGGUCCAAGAAACAACUACCAACGACUUAUACUACCAACACCUUCUCCGUUAUCAAUAAGCCCUCGUUGUCGGAUCCAAGUCCGGUGCUGGGUCUCAAAUUAGCAAAGCGGAAACUGAGAGAAGAGCAGACUGAAGAUGAUGUUUUACGGACGGAAUUGGAAUCUUUAAAGAAUAAACUAAGAAGGAUUGAAAGCAAGCUACAUAUCGAUCCUCCUCCUACUCCAUCAACAACCGGUGCUGGUGCUAUUGUUGGUGUUGUUCCAACUUCUACUACUACUAACACUUCUUCAACUACUUCAUCGGUCCCAGGUCCUCUCCACUCUACUACAUCAUUGUCACCAGUCGACAUUAAAUGUAUUCAACGCUAUGAACCCUUCCAAACUACAGGGUUCCCCGCUCCACUGAUACCCAGCAUGUAUUCUCCUACCCAAAAGCAGCAACAAAGACAGUCCAGUGUACGGAAUUUACCACUCCCCAACCCUCAAGCAUCUUCUUCCAUAAUAUCUAUGAUGGGCAGCAAUGUCACCGCCUCCACAUCACAUACGUCUCCGGAUAUCCAAACGGGAGACCACGAAGUGUUGACAGAAGUAAAUAAAUUCUUUCUGCUUGUCGGUAAUAACCCUUACGAGUCUCCGUUAGAUAUUAUAGAUUUCAUAUCGGGUUACUCUUCUCUCCUAAGGUCUGUGCCAACGUUGAAAAUCAGUGCGGGUCCCUUAUCAUGGAUGGGUCUCUUGGGGAGUGAUAAAGCACUUCGUGCAGUGUGUCAGUUUGUUCAGGCCUCUAAAGCUAUUCUUGCUGAAAAGCAUCAAGCUCUCUCAGAAGUACAAGAGCUGGAACAACAGUUUGCUCAAAAGGCUAAGGAAGAGGCUGGCCUCUGUGUUGAUCCAUUAUUUGUUAAAGAAAAUAGCAAGGAACCCAAAGUAGUUGGUGGUGUAAUUGGUGAUGUAAGAAACCACCAUAAUCCUGUUCCUUUGGCAAUGACUUCAGUCAGCAAAUCCAAUAUCAAUAGAAAAGCACGGGAAAUGGGUUUAACAUUCUAUGAAGGUGAAUUGGAUGAAGAAAUGAAAUUAGUAGAGAAGAUUCAACUUGUGUUACCAAGAAAGGACGUUAUCUGGAGAUUAAUCAAAAGAUACUUUAAGCAUUUGUAUCCGUAUAUGCCUUUUAUUGAUGAGAUUUCAUUCAGAGGUCAAUGUGAAAGCUUUAUAGGUAAAGAAGACCUCAAUGAUAAGCUGGAAGUCACAAACUUACUAAUUGAAAGGAAAUCUGAUUUUGCCUUUCUAGGACUAUUGCUUAUUGUAUUAAGAUUUAGUUAUUUGACUGUGUUUACAAGUUCUUCUUGUAUCAAUCCAGCUCAUUUGAAAUCGGAUGAUUUAAGUCCCGAAGCAGAAGAGAAGAUGAUAUUUUUAAGUAAUCCAAUCAACAUUGAAGUCAUUGAUGUGGCUCAACUUUGUUUAAAUCAAUUCAAUUUGAUGAGGAAUGGUUACUUCCCAGUAUUACAGUUGGCUCUUUUUACUCGACUUUAUCAUGAAUACGCCCCUGAAGAUGGAGAUGCAGCACAGGUUUUCACGGCCAUGUUGAUUCAAAUGGCAUUUGGUUUAGGCUUACAUCGUGAGCCCCAUCCAAGUACUGUUAAAAACUCAGUAAGUGAAAGGUAUAAUAAUCUUCGUCGAAAGAUAUGGCAUCAUUUACUUAUGGAUGAUUUAGUUGGAGCCAUGAAUUCUGGUACUCCAAUGACAACUAACCCAAAUAGUUUUGAUACUAAAUUGCCUGCUUUUUCUCCCGAAGCUUCUAAUUGUUUAGAUUUGGAAUUGGAAAAGGUAACUUUGAGUGGUUUACGACAUUGUCAUGAAACAUAUGUUCCUACUGUUGAGUUGGUUGGAUUGUUGAGUAAUAUUCGUGGAGGUGUUAGUGUUAAGGCAUUGACUGAGAACUUGAAUUACUUGGAAAGAGAAGUUAUUUCAAAGUAUGGACGGUUAGGAGGAUUCUUUGAAGAAGCAAAUGCUGAAGAAUUGUCUUACAGUACCAUUAAAAUGACAAUUUAUUUCACAUCCACCAUUUUCCUUGUAUCAGUGUUUGUUUAUAUCUUCAACUUUUAUGAAUCCAAAUCCAGAGCUGAUCUUGUCUACUUUUACUCCAGAAAGAUCUUUAUUAUUGUCUAUCAAGACUUUUUACCUCAUUUCAAAUACUUCAUUGACAACAGUGCACGAAUCUUUAAGGAUUCUACUGAUAUUAUUGUCACUCCUGGCUUUGAACUGGCUGCUCAUAAAUCACUUAUGGUGAACUAUAUGUUUCUCAUAAGAAUUUCUCUUCGUCGUACUAAGAUUAGAAAUGCCAUUCAAGAUGGUAUAAUCUCUUCAGACAAGCACAUUGAGAAGCAUUUGAACUCACUCGGAAAAUUGCUGGACUUGUUGGAACAAGCUCUUGAUAUUCUUAUUGAAUCGUUGGCCAUGAUUUCUCAUCGUUAUUAUUAUGCCUGGAAGGUUAGUAAAGUUCAGAAGGUUCUUCGGAAGUUAUGUGUGAACCAAGAGUUCAUUGACCAAUUUUCUGAGACCAAUAAGGAAACAGAUGCCUUGUUGUUUUCCAAUUCACAAAUUGAAGAGUUAACUGGAAUAGUUGAACGAUCUCUUGAAAAGAUUUCCAAGCAGAAACGGCCUCGUCGGCAACAACAUCAACAUCAACAACUGCAACAACUGCAACAAAAGCAAAAGCAACAACUGCACAAUCAUCAUGCCAAUAGCAUGGCCAAAGUUGAAGAGAAUGGAUCAAUGAAUUCAGAUAUACCUCCUAUUUCCGCCGAUUAUCCCUCUUCUCAUUCAAUGGGUUCGACAGACAGCUGCAGCGAUAUCAACACUGUUCAAGGACUUUCUGCGGAGCAAAUUGAUCUGAUGUGGUAUCAAGUGUUGGCCUUAAAGAACGAUAAAGACGGCGGUGCACCCAACAUCAACGAAAGCUAUAAUAUUGGGGGAAUCUUAGCAGGCAACAGGCCCGCGUACAAGAGCACAAAUCCCAUGUCACCGGAGUAUAAUAACAUGGAUCCAAGCUCCAAUAUGAAUGGACUCAAAGGUGUUCAAGAACCAGGUAAUAAUUCUUCUAAUCCAUUUUUGACUCUGAAUCAAUUCUAUGAUGUGAAUUUCGAAGAGUUACUUGAGUUCUUUGAUGAUUCAGUUAUGCAAAAUAAUGUCCUUGAUGAAACAACGUUUACUCCUGUUCAAAAUUGA